CCACCCUCCCCCCCCCCCCUUCCUGCUGCUCCCUUCCCCCUGUUGAUAUCCUCCACCCCCCACAUCAACACCUACCACGCCGCCCAACACAUCCCCUCCCUCCCUCCCCCCCCAGCCACACGCGCGCUUUCCCGCUUCUCCCCGCCCGCUUCUCCCUCCGUCCACGCGCGCGCGCCCUCGCUGCCCGUGACGUCCCGGCCAAGAUUUGCUGAUCCUCUGAGAGCACGCACUUCGCGACUUCGGCACAACCAUGACCCUGCCGACCGUUCGGUCCGCGGCUGCGGCCCUUGCGGCCGACGUUGUGACCACUGGUCCUGCCUGGCUGGCCCCGUACAUCCCGACUGUCCUGUUGCCCUUUGUCCAUCACAAGAUGAUGCCGCCAGAUCUCCUGAGUGAGAUCGCCUUUCUGAAGGACGGGCUCCUGAGUGGCGUGUACCUGUGUGUCUCGGAUAUCCCCAUGAUUCUGCUGUACACCUGCAUCUGGGCGGCCCUUUUCUCCGGUCUUCGUCACCUUCUUUUCAUCCCCUUUGCCAAGAAGGUCCUCAGCCGCGACAAGUUCUUCCUCCCUCUCACCGCGGAUGAGUCUCCCCAGGAGGGUGAUGUCACCCGGCCUGAUGGCUCCAUCGUGCGCUUCAGCAACUCCGAGUUCUCCAACGCCGUCCACAAGUUCGAGACCGCGUGCUGGAAAUUCUUCUCCUUCAGUGCCCUCUGCCUGGUUGGCCUGCUCGUUUGCGGCAAGUAUCCCUGGCUCCUUCGGAGUAUCGAUUGGUGGAACGCCUAUCCGAGCGCGAUUGAGCCCGAUGUCAAGCAGUUCUACCUCUUCGACCUGGCUUACUGGCUGCAAACCUGCUUCGUCCUGUACCACGAGCCGCGCCUGGAUGAUCGCAUGCAGAUGUGGGUUCACCACGCGGUCACCAUCUUCCUGAUUGUCCUCUCCCUGUCGAUUGGCUUCUACCGCGUCGGCGUGCUGGUCAUGGUCCUGCAUGAUCUGAGCGACCCGUUCAUGGAGAUUGCCAAGCUCUUCGUUUAUGUCGGCCGGGAAUCCAUUUCGGCGGUCUUCUUCGUGGCCUUCACCCUGGCCUUCUUCAUCACGCGUCUGGUCCUCUUCCCGGGGUUCGUCCUGCGCUCGACCCUGCUCGAGGCCAGCUUCUUCCUGAAGGUCGGCCACGGGUAUGUCAUCUUCAACUGCCUGCUGGCCAUCCUGCAGGCCCUGCAUGUCUUCUGGUUCUACCUCAUCAUGAAGAUCGUCGUGCGGACACUCCUCGGCAACCCCAUGUCCGACAUCCGUGAGGAGCCUUCUGUGGCCAGUGCUUCGGGCAGCACGCCGGUCCUCGAGGCCACCGAUGCCACGCCCGUCGCCCCGAUCAAGGGUGUCCCCGCGGCUGGCAGCUCCACAGUGCCCAAUGCCGCUCUCAAUGCUGCGGCUCGCAGCUCGGCUGCCACGCCGGGGAAGACUCAAGCCAAGCAGCGUGCCACUCGCGCGAACUAAGGGGCACCGUAGCUGCCAUGAGCGGAAGUGCUCUCUCCUUCUCCCCCUCCUUCUAUCCCCCCCCCCUCUCCCCCAUUCCUAUCUCCAUCAUCAUCUUCCUCUCUUCUCCCUCCUCGUCCCUUGUGAAGGGUGGCUGCGUGUCGCGCCCUCUUCUCUUUUUCCCCCCUACCCUUUUCUUAUCCUUUCCAAAUUAGACUUCGAUGUGCAACACCCA